AAUGUCAGCAUUUAUAUCUCAAACAACACAACAACAACUUUACCUCGAUAUAGGGGAUGAAUCGGAGCUUUUCUGACCUCGGGAUGGGCCUUUGAAGGUCUGGGUCUAGAGAAGAAACAAUUUAAAUUCUCCUUUGCGGCUUACAUUUUCUUCAUUAGGUGUCCCAAGGCAGGCAAGAUGGGAACACUUGGGACUGUUGUGGUGGUGGUUCUUGUUUUGUCGUUCCUGACAUUCGUUGCUCUAUUUGGGAGACUCCCAGCCUUGAGAAAAACUCCAAUUGGUUUCCUGCAUCGUAUCAUCUGGAUCCAUUUUCCCAAGCUUCUGCGCUUGGUUGAUGGCGCCAUUUGUGGAGGCCGGGUCUCACGAUGGGGAAGCCGGUCCGGGAAUUAUUUACUAUAUGAAAACCAUCCAGUGGUAUUGAUAUUAUUCCUGGUACUGCUCGUGGGCGCGGAAGUGAUGUUCGUUCCAGCCGUCUGGCCAAGGAUUGGGAUAUUCCACAAGCUAUGCAUUCCAGUCGUCGUUAUGUUGCCGUAUUGGUUCUUGUAUAGCUCUGUUUUUACAACUUCCACUAUCACGCGAGAGAACCUCCGGGAGCACAUGCGAUCGUAUCCCUAUGAUCGAAUUUUGUUUCAUCCUGGCUAUGUCUGUCGAACUUGCCAUACUCUGAAGCCUGCUAGAAGUAAGCAUUGUAGCAUUUGCAAUGUAUGUGUUGCUAGACAUGAUCAUCAUUGUAUAUGGUUGAUGAAUUGCGUUGGCCAGAACAACUACGGCUAUUUCUUAGCGCUCCUGCUAUCGAUGUUUGUGUUGCUCUCCUACGGAAGCUAUCUGGGAUACUGCCUACUCGAUCGGCAUUUACAGGACACAUUAGUCCUAAGUUUUCCUACCGCAGUACAUUCCAGACACUGGGCCAAAGGAAUUGAAUGGGGGUUGUAUUUCCAAUUCUGGGGAUAUGCAAUUGCGGAUGACAUUAUUGUUGGGGGGGUUUUCAUGCUAGCUCUGCUUACCUCGCUGCUGCCCCUUGCGAUGUUUCUUUACCAUGUGUACUUGAUCUGGAGCGGUAUGACUACCAACGAGAGCGCAAAGUGGGGCGACUGGCGAGACGAUAUUGCAGACGGACUCGUAUUCAAAGCAAGGAAAAGUGAAAUAUAUCCCGAAAAGCAUCCGGAUGCGGACAUUGUCGAACCAUACGUUUCAUGGCCAAUCCAGGUUGACCAAACCCUGAUUUUCACAGACGAUGGACAUCCCCCAAGGGUUGGGUUUAGUCUGGCUAGGGAAUGUACCUCAGUCACCCAACCUGUGGAUUUGGACGCGGCCCCCGAUACAAGAUGGAUGAGAGUAAAAAGCCUGAAGGAUGUGGUCAAUAUAUACGAUCGGGGGUUUUCGACGAAUUUGAGGGAGGGGUUGCGUUUGCGUCAAUGAUAUUUUCUUAUGCUGAACGCGCAGCUGAUGAUCGUGUAAUUUAGAAAUUACGGAAAUAUCACUAGAUUACUGCGUGCCCUACUGGAUAUCUGAUAUUUUCUUGGUCACAGUCAACUGCUUCCACGGGGGACGAUAUCACGUAGUUA